UAAUAACACGUGUCCUAAUCUACACAACACGGAGCUAUUCCUCCUCAAGAUUACCAACAACUCUGUCCAUUCCGAAACGUCCACCAAGGAACUACAUGCCCAAAAAAAGAAAAGGAAAGUGUGCUUGUGAGUAGCCUGAAAAGCCACAGCCACUAAAAUGGCAACAGCUGGGCCUGGAAGUGACAGCCGAAGUGAGAGCAGCAACAAUGCCUCAGGUGGAUCAGACAAAGGUGGAGAAGAUUCGACAGACAAUUCCAAUUUUGAGUGUAACAUUUGCCUCGACACAGCAAAGGAUGCCGUAAUUUCCAUGUGUGGCCAUCUCUUCUGCUGGCCAUGUUUACACCAGUGGCUUGAGACCAGGCCAAACAACCAAACAUGUCCAGUUUGCAAGGCGGCAAUCUCGCGUGAGAAGGUAAUCCCAUUGUAUGGCAGAGGCUCUGGAAACCAACAGGACCCCAGAGACAAGCUUCCCCCUCGCCCCCCUGGUCAGAGAACAGAACCAGAGCCACAGAAUGGGUACAUGCCAGGCUUUGUUUUGGAGGAGAAAUUCCAGUUCCACUUUGUCGGCGCUUUUCCCUUCGGCAUUUUCACGACGUUCACCAACUGGGGCGGAGGUGCAGUUCCACCAGCUCCCGGAACCCAGCAGUACCAGGAGGAGCGGUUUCUCUCUCAAGUGUUGAUGGCCAUGGCUCUGCUCUUCCUAUUCUGGCUUAUCCUUGUCUAAGGUAUAUCUUGUGAACUUCUUUGGCAUUCAAUCUCCCUGCCUUCCUCAGUUUUACCUUAAUCCAAAUAGCAUCUGGAGUUGUGUGAUUAUGACAGAUCUUUGUGUAUUUCUUCGACUUGAAGGGGUGGCAGGAAGUGUCAGUGGUUCUCAAGACAUUAUAACUCAGAAGUGAAGUGAACUUGGGGCAAACGUGUAAAGGGAAUUCCUCCAAAAUGAUGCAGAAGGCAAUGAGCUUGUUUGAAUCUGAAAGUGCAUUGUGCUCGAAUCAUUGUAACAUUUAUGGCCAUAAAGUAAUCACCAUUAGUGUCAGUGCCUAAAAAAUCAAAUUGCUCUGGUUUGAGUGCAUAUGUAUAUGUCUGCUUGUUUGUUUUUCAA